UUUCAAUUUCUUUGACCACUGACAAAACAGCAUGUCCACUGACUUUGUUUAAUUAUAUAAUUAAAUAUAUAAUAGUUUAAUGUAAAUGGCAUACGGAAACUUAAAGAAAAUUUCAACAUAAGUAACUUGAAAUAAGAAAGUUUUUAAAAAUGAUAUCCCGAUUUGAAUAAAAUCGAUCCAAGUUACGACGUGUCACCCCAAUUUACCAUGUCCCAUACAUACCUUCCUAACUUUGAAGCGACAUUUCUCAAAAUAUUUUCAUUAAACUUUACAUCUAAAUCUUUCGGUUUAUGGAAAAAGCAUUCAAAAUUAUAUAUACAAAGAAUUUUGAUAAGUUUCUAUAUUAAAAUAAGUAAAUAAAUCAAAUUUUAUUUUGUCCCUGAUUUUUACAAUACCGGAAUUUCGGAUAAGUAACAUCGAUUUUCUUAAACUUACAAAAAUAAAUCCUACCAAUUCUAGUAAUUUUUGUAAUGUGGCAACUAUUUUAUGACAGCUUACGUCGUUUCCGGUUGCUUUUCGGGUCUCUGUGAUUUGUUUAUUCGUUACUUUUGUGUUCGAAGAGUGAUGUCGAAAAAAAAAGUGUUCCAGUGAGUUUGUGAAUUUGAACAGGUAAAUCUUAUUGUUUAAACACGCCUACCAUUUAAAGUUGCGUAUAAAGUGUCUUUGCAAACAAUAAGUUUAUUGGAAUAAAAAAUUACUGGGUAUUAUAUGUAAAAUUUUGGAAUGUGUAGGCAAAUAUGUACUUUCGUAACAUCCGAUUAGAAACGUUAUAUAUAGCCGGAAUGAAUUUUGUUGCUAAUUGGAAUUAUAAGGCCGAGUCCUCAAUAAAAAAUCUAUUUUUUUCUAUUGACUUGAUUUUACUUCUUUUUGUGCAAACAAGUAGGUAUGUACUAACUAAAAAUAUUAAAACUGGAAUCAUUUUAAGCUUUUUGCACAGUGCACACGAAAAUAAAUUUUGGAGAUUUUGUUGAUAAGUGGCAAAAUCAGUUUAGUAGUUUUUAAAAUAUUCGAUGUUCGAUGCGAACGACUAGUAUAAUUUUAAUUUUUUUGCUUCUUUUAAGUAUUUCAAUUAAGUGAAAAUGUUUAAUCUUUAUCUUGUGUGACAAUUACUACAUUUUGCAUUUCAGAUUUCUAUACGAACACGAUUUAGUAUUCAAUAUACUUAGAUAAAUUAUGGUAGUAAUUCUGGACAUCGAUAAAUUUUUGACUCGCGACGAUUUGAGACUACUCGAAAGAGCUAAGUGGCCAUGGAGAAGAUCGCACUUUAUGCUAGCAACAAAAUGUCAUAACUGUAAAACUAACACCGACGCUAGAUUACCUACUCACUUUGUAAUAUUUAGUGGAGAAUACAUUCAUUGUCUUUUAUAUCAUAAUUUUUUCUGGUGUCAAAUUUGUUUAUUCUUUACUGUAUAUGAUCAUUAUCCGGAGGACGAGUGCAAAUAUUGCGAAUAAUAACAAUUAACCUGUAAUUGAAUAAACAAAAAUGCCAUUAACCGGAGCUGAACGGGCUAAAAAAUUUAGAGAAAAAUUAAAGGACGAUCCAGAAAAGUAUGAAAAAUAUAAACAGAAACAAAGGGAACUAGUUGCUAAGCGAAGGAAAAAAAUUAGUGAUUUAGAUGAUAACGAGAAAGAAAAGCAAAGGGAACAGUGGAGAAAAGAAAAAAGAAUUCAGAAAAAAAGAAAAGAUGAAAAAAAAAUUCAAGAAGCAAAUAAUCAAGUAACCAUACCAAAAAAUAGACCAUGUCAAACCAUGCCAAAAAAUAGAAAUACUAAAAAGUUACAAAAGGUGUACGCGAACUAUUACAGGGCUCAAAAAAAUCAGCAAAAGUUGAAUACAGUCAUUGGUCGUCUCAGAAAGCAGUUAAUUCGUACUAAGCAAAAAGUACAAAGUUUGGAAACAUCUAAAAAUGUAACUGAAAAAGAAUUGGAGAAUUUAAAAGAUGCUGUAAAAGAGACAUAUGCAGAAUGCAAAAUACUUGCAGAAAAAAGGGCAUUAAAAAAAAUUGCACAUAAAUUUAAACAAAAGUUUGGAAAGAAUCUGCCGAAAAUUUUGGGUCUAAAAACUAAAAUAAGAUUUUGCAAUCGUAGAAGUAAUAAAAAUUACGGGACAUUAAAGGUUCGAGAAAACAUUGCGGCGUUCUAUCUGCGAGAUGACGUAUCUAGAUGUGCAGCUGGUCGUAGAGAGUGUAAAACAAGAAACAAACAGAAGAUGCAAAUAAGAUAUUUGCUGGACACCCUUUCGAACACUUAUCGUAUGUAUGUAGAAGAAGGCGGUAAAUUUGGUUUUACUACAUUUUAUCGCUGUAAACCAUUUUAUGUUAUAGCGCCCACUCGUGCAGCUAGAGAUACGUGCUUGUGCAUUAAACACAGUAAUUUCCAAUAUUUGUUUAACGCUUUGAAAUAUCGAUCAAUCAUCUCGUACAAAAAUAUUGACGAAGUUGUCAAAUUUUUUUCUUGUAAUAUUACUGCAUUUAACUGUAUGCACGGAUGCUGUGAGGUUUGCAAAAAUCCUCGCUUAGAAAUUGAUAUUCAUCAAGCUAAUGAUACUAUUAAGUGGCAUCAAUGGGUAAGAACUGAUCACAAAUACCAAAGAGGUAGUAAAGAAUGCGUUACCAAAAAAACAAUUAAGCAAGAACAGGUAGGUACUGUCGCUGAUUUAACAUCAUUAUUCAUAGAAAAAAUACCACUCUUUAAAAUACACUUUCACAACUGGAAAGAGCAGCAAAAACAGUAUCAAAAAUGUGUUAAUAAUCUUAAAAAUGGUGAGAUCGCAAUCUUAUGUGACUUUUCUGAGAACUACGAAUGUAAAUAUGCUAAUGAAGUUCAAUCAAUUCAUUUCGGUGCCUCAAAAAACACUAUUACUCUUCAUACUGGUGCAAUAUUUUUUACUGAUAAAUGUCAAACAUUUGCAACCGUUUCGGAUAAUAAUAACCAUGACCCUGGAGCUAUCUGGGCACAUUUAUUACCUGUUAUUAAAUAUGCAAAGGAAAACUACCCGGAAAUUUCUAUUAUUCAUUUUUUUUCAGAUGGACCUACAAGCCAAUAUAGACAAAAAAAAAACUUUUAUCUGCUCAAUUUAUUUACCUGUAAAUUAAAUCUUAAAUAUUCUACAUGGUCUUUCUCAGAAAGUGGCCAUGGUAAGGGCAUUGCUGAUGGCGUUGGUGGUAGUGUAAAACGCCAAUUAGAUAGAAGAGUCUCAUACGGCUGCGAUGUCACCAAUGCAACAGAUGCCUUUGAAGUGUUGUCUAACUCAAUGAAAACAGUUAAAUGUUUUUAUGUUAACGAUACUGACACAAAAAAUAUUUCUAAACUUAUUCCAACCAAUAUUGCAACCGUUCCUGGAACGAUGAAAUUGCACCAAAUUAUUUCAUCUUCCAAAAAUACUAUAAAGUAUAGAUUGCUUAGUUGUUUUUGCGGCGAUAAUGCAGGGUUAUGUUCCUGCUAUAACCCAAAAUUUCAUGAGUUUGUUCAGCCUAAUAAAACGGCACCAAAAGUAGACCAACCAAUUGUUAUAACUGUGCCAUCGUCAGAGGUGGAAUAUGAUUUACCUUCUCCAUCCAUAACCGAGCAAAUUGAUGUAACAACUUUAAAUUUUGAUAUUGAUACGAAUUUUAAUAUUGAGAAUAACAACUGUGAUCUUCCAGCAGUACAUAUCACAAGUCCUGUAUGUGAAAAAAAACGCGCUCGCGUUUUGUAUCCUGGAGACCCUCAACCACCUCUUAAAAGCAUAAGUGCGACCUCUCUUCUAUACAAUACGGGAUCUUUUAAUAAAUCUAAAAAUAAGGACCUUGAUACGAAUUUUAAUAUAGAGGGUAACAACUGUGAUCUUCCAUUAGUACAUAUCAUAAGUCCUAAACGUGAAAAAAAACGUGCUCGUGUUUUAUUUCCUGGUAACUCUCAACUACCUCCUAAAAAUAUAAGUGCGAGCUCUCUUCUAUAUAAUACGAAAUCUUUUAUUAAUAAAUCUAAAAAUAUUGGCCCUGCCUGUAAGUUGUGUCAAAUGGAAUUAAAGAGUAAAAUAAAGUGCAUGGUUUGCAAAUCUGAUAUAUGUCUGAAAUGCAGUGACUCAGUCUCUUUUGAUUACAUAUGUCCUCCUUGUCUUUGUGACUCAGAUUAAAGGUAAAUUUCACCUUCAACAUAAAAUUUUAUUGUUAUAAUUUAUUGUUAAAUUUUAUUAGUUUUUAGGGCGAAUUUAAUAAUCAAUCACUGAUUAGGAUGCCGUUAUUUUGCUAAAAUUGUGUUGUAUUAACAAAUGUGAUUGAUUUUGGAAAAGUUAAAAAAAUUAAACCAGUACAAGAAGUUAGAUUUUUUAGGUAAAAAUAAUCGUUAACGUUAACGUGACGAAGAUAAUUAUUUUACAUUAGUUUUUUACAGAAAAAAAAAUACUCGUAACGGCUAACUUAUAAUCAAUCAUUGAUUAGUAUGCCGUAAUUUUGCUAACAUUGUGUUGUAACUGACAACUGUGAUUGAUUUUGAGACUGAUUAAAAAAUAUAUUUGUAGAAGAAAGAAAAAUUUGUGUUUGUGAUCUCAGCUUUAUGUUCCUAUUAGUAACUAAGAAUUCCGAUUAGUAAUUGGUUGAAGUGAGACUUCUUUUAGAAAAUGUUAUUUUACUUUGUUAAUUAGUAAGAAUAUAAUUAAUAUAAGAACGAAAUGUUAUUAACAUAAUAAUGUUUUACCUGAAUUGCUAAGACAUUUAGUUUUAUACCUUACGGAUUUUUCAUAAGAGAGUAUUAAAAAUGUUGAUGAUGAUAAAAAUGUUACUUACCGGAAGUAAAUUCCUUAAUAAUUUGUAGAAUAAUACUGAUAAUGUUAUUUUUUUCUUGUAUUCUAAAUGAAAACAGUUACAUUAAUAGGUUUUUAAAUAAAAAUAUAUGGAAAACGUGUUUUAUUUAUUUAUUAUCAAUUCACAUUUUGAAGACGACUUGCGCCCCGAAUUGUCGAGAAAUGCUCAUUUUUUGACGAAAUUACUUUUUCAAUUACAGUAUAUUUAGUAUUUCCAGAAAGCUUAUUUUAAAAGCUAUUUAGAAAUGUAAAAAUAAAUCAGAUAAUCGAAUAUUUUUUUUUAGGCAUUC